AUGGUCAAGCAACGACGACACGAGCAGCGCGGCCGGCCGCUGAUAUGGAUUGCGCGCGGGACGGGCGUGCUGGUGGCGAAAUCGGCCAUGUUGAGUUGUGAGCGCUGGGGCAGGAAGUUGGAAGAUGCGGUGGUGAGUACGCUGGGCGUGGUGUUUGUGGGGGAGAGGGGGGAGGUGGAAGGGUUAGGGUGGAGCGGGAGGAGGAGAUGGAGGGGUUUUUUGGGGAGUGUGGCGGAGAUGGGGAGGGGUGUGGAGGAGAGGUGGGAGGAGUUGGUUGGGAGACGGAGGGGGGUUAGGGUUGCUUUGUUAAUGGAUAGAGGAGGGGGGGAGGUUGUCAGAGAGGUGGGGUGGGGUGGUAGUGGGAGGGAUUUAGAUGUGAUGUAUGAGAGGGUUUUGGAGGAGGUAGAGUGUUUGAGAGGGUUAAAGCCAAGUCCGACAUCCUAA